CCCCUUCUCUAGUAUCUCCGACCACAUGUAUAGAAUGGCAGUUCUUCUUGCUAUGUGCACUUCAGAUGAAAAACUAGACAUACCAAAGAUGUGUGAUGAUGUGUGUCGUUCAUGACCUUGCGGAGGCACAGGUCGGCGAUAUCACUCCUCGGAAAGGAUCAGUAGAGCAGAGAAACAGCGGCUCGAGGAGGAAGCAAUGCAUAACUUCGUACAUGAAAUGCUGCAUAAACAGUCCUGCAGCUCAAAGGAUAGAAGCGUUGUGGGAAGGAAUACGAAGACGGGAAAACGCCGGAAGCGCGAUUCGUCAAAGGUGCGUCGAACCUUGGAUAUAUGUCAUUUUCUCUUACUCGUUCCUCAGAUCUAGACCGUUUUGAGUUAGCCUCUCAAGCGUUUGAAUAUGAACGAACAUACACUGCAAGAAAUCUACAAACAUUUUUUGAUACAAGUCUUCCCAAAGUACGACACACCGAGGUCCGUGAAUGGGGUGAGGAUCUAAUGAAGGAGCGAAAGGAACUAUGGAAAGCCAUAGAA